UCGCUCAGGUAACGGAGGGCUGUAAACUAUGUCACAAGCUGAGAAGAAAGGUGGGUUGCUUCGGAAAUCUUCUGCUAGUAAGAAACCCUUGAAAGAGAAGGUUGUGCUAAUGUAUGAUGAGAUCUUCACGACAGAAGAUCCCAGUAAAUGCAACCCUCGGUUUUGGGAAGAACUUUUCCUUAUGAAGGUGAAUCUGGAGUACUUAGAAGGGAAGCUGGAGUCUCUAGAUGGUGAAGAGUUAAUGAAGAUAAAAGAUAACAUUAACUGUUUGUUCCAACGCUGCAUCCGAGCCCUGGGAGAAGAACAUCCAAUAAGAGUGGUCAAUGCAUUACAGACACUAUGUGCACUUAUCCGUGGGGUUCAUCAGAAGAACAAAUCCACCUCUGGCUUUGACAUCAUCAACAUGCUGAUGGGCUUUGACAAGGCUGAGAUGUGCAUGAAGAAUCUGAUGGAGAGUUUGGACUCGCUCCUCUGUGCAGAAGGGUCUGAAAGCCUCAAGAGUUUGUGUCUGAAACUACUGCUCUGCUUGGUGACUGUAACAGAUAACAUCAGUCAGAACACAAUUCUGGAGUAUGUGAUGAUUAACAGCAUCUUUGAAGCUAUUUUACAGAUCCUCUCCAAUCCACCCAGUCGUAGGGAACAUGGUUACGAAGCUGUUGUCCUGCUUGCUUUAUUAGUAAAUUACAGAAAGUAUGAGUCUGUGAAUCCUUACAUAGUGAAGCUGUCUAUCAUAGAUGAUGAGGCCACACUGAAUGGAAUGGGUCUUGUGGUUGCUCAGGCAUUAUCAGAGUAUAACCGCCAGUACAAAGACAAGGAAGAAGAACACCAGAGUGGCUUUUUCUCAGCCUUGAGCAACAUGGUGGGCAGCAUGUUCAUAGCUGAUGCUGAUGAGAAAAUCUCAGUUCAAACCAAUGAGGCUAUCCUUUUGGCCCUUUAUGAAGCUGUUCACUUGAACCGAAACUUCAUCACCGUCUUAGCACAGAGUCAUCCUGAAAUUGGAUUGGUGACGAUUCCAGCAAGUCCAGUUCCAACAACUCCAGUCACACCGCUUGGUACUACACCACCUUCUUCUGAUGUUAUAAGUACUGUGGAACUCCCUCUGGAUGCUGAUGUGCAGACUAGCAACCUGCUGAUAACUUUCUUAAAGUACAGCUCCAUCGUCAUGCAGGACACCAAAGAUGAACACCGGCUCCAUAGUGGCAAGCUCUGUCUGAUUAUCCUGACCUGCAUAGCUGAGGACCAGUAUGCUAAUGCUUUUCUGCAUGACGACAACAUGAAUUUCCGGGUAAACCUCCACAGAAUGCCUAUGAGACAUAGAAAGAAAGCCGCUGAUAAGAACCUCCCCUGUCGGCCUCUGGUUUGUGCAGUGCUAGAUCUGAUGGUGGAGUUCAUCAUAACACACAUGAUGAAAGAAUUUCCCAUGGAUCUUUAUGUGCGCUGUAUUCAAAUAGUGCACAAACUGCUUUGCUACCAGAAGAAAUGCAGGGUGAGACUUCAUUACACUUGGAGAGAGCUCUGGUCAGCUCUGAUUAAUCUACUGAAGUUCCUGAUGUCCAAUGAGACUGUUUUGCUGGCAAAACACAACAUCUUCACCUUGGCUCUCAUGGUGGUAAACCUGUUUAAUAUGUUCAUCACUUAUGGAGAUACCUUCCUUCCAACUCCUAGCAGCUAUGAUGAGCUAUACUAUGAGAUCAUCAGGAUGCACCAGAGUUUUGAUAACCUGUAUUCCAUGGUCUUAAGGCUAUCAACCAAUGCCGGUCAAUGGAAGGAGCCAGCCAGCAAGGUGACCCAUGCCUUGGUCAACAUACGAGCCAUAAUCAACCACUUCAAUCCAAAGAUAGAGUCUUAUGCUGCUGUGAAUCACAUCUCACAGCUGUCAGAGGAGCAGGUUUUGGAAGUGGUGCGCUCCAACUAUGACACCCUGACCCUCAAGUUGCAGGAUGGGCUAGACCAAUAUGAACGCUAUUCAGAGCAACACAAAGAAGCUGCUUUCUUCAAAGAACUCGUUCGAUCUAUCAGCAUCAAUGUGCGACGAAAUCUGGCCUUCAACACCCUCAGCCAGGAGGCCCUCCUGAAAGAGUUUUCGACCAUCUCCUGAAGCUGAAUUAUCUACCUAUACUUCCUGACCAGUCCUGGCGUUAGUGCGCCCCUUCCCCAGCAUUGACUCUAGCUCCUGGCUGUGGAGUGGUCUAAUCCUAGUGCGUGUGUGUGUUUGCCAAGCAAGAGCAAGGGAAGAUUUGGACUUGACCCAUAAGACUGGGCACAGAGAACUAAUGCUGUGGACUGCCCUUGGAGGAGUAUGGGGGGGGGGGGUUUCUAUACUUACUGCUCUUCCUCGUGUUCACUGGUAUUCAGGGCUAAGAGUCCCUCCCAGGUAAUUAGAGCAAAGCACUGUUGAACAGAGUUGCUCAUCCUUCUGAUUCUCUAGAAUCUGUCUGAUCUUGUGCACAGGACUGAAGAAAGAAAGUGGUGUGUCAGGGAAACCAAGCCUUUGACAAUAAAGCGUAGGCUGGCUGACCUGCUGUCCUGAAUACACGUGCUGUGAAGCCCAAACACCAACAGAGGUAUUCUGAGUCUGCAGUCCUUGUACUUGUGUAAAGUUAACCCCAAACUGGUAUCGGAAAUAACAGCUGAGAGUUCUCCCCUUCACUCUGAGCUAAUGCCUGUUGCUCUGAAUGAUGCUUGCCAGAGCUACUCAUAGGGAGAUUUUGCAAGUGUCAAGCCCUUAAAACACUUGGUCUCUGGAGGUUCUAUUAACUCGUCCCUGGUGUUCCUACUGCCCAGUUCUUAAGGCUCAGGGGAUAAGGAUAUUAGUAUGUGUUAGUGAUUUGGGGAGGGGAGAGGAAAUAAGAAAUAAUGUCCUAUGCUUUUACCGCUCAUGUAAUUGCUGUCUGUAGAUGGGGCCGUUUUCCCCUGUUCCCAGAAGAUUGGCUGGUCUACUGAAUAGGCUUUCUUGAUUUCUCCCCAGUGACCUGCUACUCUUGGAUCUCCAUGGUGUUGAUAAGAUGACCAAGAGCUCCCACCAAAGUAUAUUGGAGAAUGCUGAUACUAUAAUCUCAUCCUUGACCUCUACCCAUGGGAAAGAGGCCAGUAUCUCUUAGGGCUGUUCCUGGUUCCAAAGAGUAUACUGUAUAGUUUCUGUGUAGAGAGAGUGCCUUUUCUUGGAUUGCCUGGAUUUCAGGGGCUGAGUACUUCCUACUUAAAAAUGCAUUUGUCAGUGUCAUCUUGAUUAUACAUCUACACAGCCUAAACAAAAUUCUGCAUUGACUGAAGCUACUGAUUAGCUCAUUCUUCCCUUCCAAACUCUACUUUUCCUAUUCUAUACUAAAGGUUUUUAUUGGGUAGGUAGGUAUAAGAGAGUUUUGCUUUGAGUCAGGAAGUUAAUUUGUCAGGCUUACAACUCUGGCCACAUUUAAGAGAAAGAGAGCUUGGAGGAGAAAAUCUGUGCUAUGCAUAUGUAAUUACUGGGACAUUCAGUUCCAUAUCAAUGUCUACCUAUUAAUGUGACUAAGGACACCUAACAUGGGUGGCCAACCACAGCUUCAGAUAUUUGCCAUUUCAGAAUUCAGUUUUUCUAACUUAAAAGAACAGUAAGGCAGUUAAUUCAUUGUGUAUAGAAGAGUUUACGUCUCCAUACUCUGUUAGGAAAUCAAAGGUUGGCAGUGCAUUUGGAGUGCUCCUCCCAGAAGGAAGAUAUCAGUGUUGGCAGGAUGAGGUCCGUUCUGGGGAGUGAAAGAACGUGGCUCCUUUCCUGUGUAUUUCCUUUCCCAUUAUAGAACUGUUUCCACCAGAUAAAACAGGAUUGGCUGAGCAAGGCUGGGACCUUUCUCGAUCGUUUAGGAGAUUAAUGUACAAACAGAUAAUCUUUCUGGGUUGAUAGGAAAUUGUCCUCUCCAGGCCCUUCCCCAGUCCAGUGAUGACUCCAGAGCGUGGCAGUAGUGAACUCUGAGGCCAGGCAUUCAAGAGGCAGCCCUUUUCUAGGGGAGAGGCUAUAAACUUCUGAAACAGCACCUGUAAGAUUCACGUAGAGUUCAUUAAAGGGGUGGGAAGGGAUUUUGUGCAGUGUAUUUGUGUUCUUU